AUGCCGCCAGAGAGCCCAGAGGCACUGCAACAGGCUGUGAGCUCAUUGAAGCGUAAAAAGAAGCCCGUUCGCCGUGAUAUGGAGAAGAGACGUCAACAAAAUGUCCAAGCUCAAAAGAAGUAUCGAGAAAAACAACGUCAGCGACUGGAGACUCUCAAGGCAAUCGCCGCAUCUGCUGGACAGAACCAUGCAAAUGAAAUACCGUCCCAUAUUGGACUACAACAAUUGAAUGCGGCUGCUCAAUACCACACCAGUAUCCACAUUGAGCGAGUAUGCAUCGCUGCGGCGCUGUACACACUCGUGAAGUAUAUGGGCAUUGGGGAGGAGACUUUCUGUGCGGAUGACUCGCUCUCGCCUUUCUACCGGCCGAGCUUAGAAUUUGCUGAUGAUGCCACCCGGAAUCGGACAAUUGGUAUGGUCCAACAAAUGUACAAGACCUUGAAGCCAGACUUGAGACCAAGUGCGGAGCAGAUCCUGAUAAAGCAUCAUCCCUAUAUUGACAUUCUGCCCUUCCCGACAUUGCGGAGGAAUCUUAUUAUGCAUCAGAAAGAAAUCGACGAAGACGAAUUUUUGAACGAUACACUGAUUGGUCUGAUAUGUUGGGGUGGCGUGGGCAAGGCAAGGAAUGAUACAGAUAAUGUGAUGGGGCAUACGGCUGCGGAAACGGCGUGGGAUGCGCGCAGUUGGGAGGCCAAGGCGUGGUUCCUAAAGAAGUACUGGUGUCUGCUUGGCGGGGAAGAUGGUGAGCUUGUCAGGCAGAGUGAGUGGUGGCGGAGUGUUAGGGGAGAGGAACUCAAGUUAGAUCUAGUUGACUUGAAAAGUUGA